AUGUUUAUAACGAUUGAUGUAAGAGACCUUUUCACGGUGAUACCCCAUGAUAUAGGCCUAGCAUGGUUUGAGGAGACACUUAUGGAUAUGGACUUCCUUGAACCAGAUGAAUUUCGUAUUAUACUUGAAAAUAUGGAAAUAGUACUAAAGAACAAUUACGUCUAUUUCCAUGGAGAAUACUAUCAUCAAAUCCAAGGAGUGGCAAUGGGAGCGGCAUGCGCUCCUACUUAUGCCAAUAUAGUUAUGCUAAAUGCAUCUGAUAAAGUAGAACAAUUGGAAGGAAGGGUAGAGACCUACAGGAAGAAGCUAGAAAAUAUGAAUGACCUCCGCCGACAAGUUAAAUCUUUGGAAGAAAAAAAUACAGUCUAUAUGCAGAAUGCUGUCAGUCUUGAGGAGGAACUAAGAAAAGCAAAUGCAGCACGUGGGCAGUUAGAAGCGUAUAAAAUACAGGUUCAAGAACUUCAUAAUACUCUGUCUGAAGAGACUAGAAGGGGUGACCAAUUAGAAUUUGAAGUCAAACAUCUGAAAGAGAAGUAUGAAGCAGUUGAAAAAGAAAAGGAGCGGAUCAUUACAGAACGAGAUACACUUAAAGAAACUAAUGAGGAACUUAAAUGUGCUCAGCUUGAGCAAGGACACCUGUUGCAAGCAGGUUCAUUUCCCCCAAGAAGUCCAAGUCAUGAUAAUCUCGCUGCUGAAAUUCUGCCUGUAGAUCAUAAAGAGAAACUAAUCCGUUUACAGCAUGAAAACAAGAUGCUUCGUUUACAGCUAGAAGGUUCUGAAAAUGAACGUAUCAAAGAACUUCAGGGACAGCUAGCAGAGGCACUUCGUAAAGUGAAUAAAGAGGAGACUGAAAGUAGGUUAUACAAGCAGCGUAGCCUGGAAUUACAGCAACAGGUUGAUGAGCUUCAGAAGAUCCUGAAUGAGACGGGCUCCACAGCUGAAGAAUCCAGUUUGCUGAAGCAGAAGUUAGAACUUGAAAUUGAAAAGCUUCACAACGCUAAUGGCAAUCUAAGGGAAAAAGAAGGUCUGGUCGAGGAUCUUCAGCAAGAGCUCCAUCUGAAUUCUCAGAAGAUUGAAGAACUUCAAGCAGCACUGCGCAAGAAGGAUGAUGAUAUGAAAGCAAUGGAGGAUAGAUAUAAGAUGUACUUGGAAAAAGCACGAAAUGUAAUAAAAACAUUAGAUCCUAAGUGCAACCCUGCUACUGCAGAAUAUCAAGCUCUCAAAAAGAAGCUUGGUGAAAAAGAUGCACGAAUUCAGACAUUAGAGAAAGAAUGUGAGCAGGCCAAACUUCGAGAAUAUGAAGAAAACCUAAUAGUGACGGCUUGGUAUAACAAGAGUUUGGCAUUUCAAAGGGCUGCAAUAGAAUCCAGGCUGGGACGCAAAAAUCCAAAUGCCAUUCCUUCAACACAGUCAUUUUUGACCCAGCAGCGUCAGGUAACCAAUUCUGGGAGGAGUCUGUCUGUAGCUAUACCUGCUACAGCUUCCAAGUAAAGCAUGGCGGUUGACCAACACUGAAGUGACCUUAAAGAACAAAAAAUAUAUUUUCCAUUCAUUACAAGGCCCACAGCCAGAAAAUACCACAGAUGCUGGUCAUCAGUGAUGUUUAAUUAAUGUUACAAAAGAAAGACUAGUAAAUGCUUCCAUUUAUAAAAUGGUGUUGUCUAAGGUACAAUUACCAAGAGUGUAAUGUUAAGUGAACGGAUGAAUAUAAUGGCAACAGAAUUUACACCUGGAAUCUGGGUGGUACUGUUUUAGCUGAGACAUUCUACAAAUGGCAAGGAUUGGUUUCAGUUUUGUUUUACUAUGUAAUAUGCAAUACUUAGAGUUCUUUGUUGAUAAAUGGUGAUGCUAGUGAUAAUGGCUUUGCAGACAUUUUUAUUUUUUCACUGACCGAGGAGCCAUUCUCAUAUAUUUGGCAUUCCAUUUUUCUUGCAUGAGAUUCUUUUGCCUUGUGAAGUAUCUUUUAUACACUGGAGUCUAAAAACAGAUGUGAUCAUUUUAGUGAGUAAUUAUAGACAUGUAUAAAUCGUUUUGCACUUUUAAUCAGUUAAUUCUUAAAGCUGCAAUAGCGUUCUUUACAUUUUUUGUUAUCCUUAUGAGUAUUUCUGAUACUGAUUGCUAGCAAGGGAAAUUUUUAAAACUGUGAUGUAUUUUGUGUUUGUAAUUAAUUUUGAUAGUAUAGUGCCCUAGCUUUUUAACAUGGAACUUUUGUUAAAUAGAACUUGCGAUUACAUUAAGCACUUCUAAAAUGCUGCCUAUGUAUCUUAAGGUGGGGGAUUCCAUUUGGGAUCAAUUUUAAACCUAGCUGUUAAAACAGGAACAGAAAUUGGAGUUGUACUUGUAGUUUAGAAAAUGAUCUUUGGUGGUUCUUUGAAUGCAUCGCAUCAUUUUGAACAUUACAUGUUCUGUAGUGACCAGUGAAAAUUUGAAUUGUGUUCUUUGGGUAUUUAUUCCUGAAGGGCAUUCUCACUUUAACCACACUAACUGUUCAUAAGAGCACAGUAAUGAAUUUUAUCAGGUAGUGCUGAUACACACUGGAGGAAAAGCGAAAACCCAUACUUAGAGUUGUAUGACCGUAGAAAAAUAUGGUGUUACAUAAUGUGGGUGUAGGAAAUGACACAUUUUAUAUUUUAUUAAGAGAGUUUAUAGUUUGUCUAUUUUAGUAAGAACUGCAUAUUUACAUGCAAAGAGUGAAUCAUUGCAUUCUUGGUAUCGCAUGUAGUUUUAAUUUUAGCAAAUCUACAUGAAUGAAUUUGAAUGCCAAGCACCAAAGUUCAGAGUAUAUGUUGUAGAAUCAUUGUCUUGCCUAACUUUAAUGCUUAUGUUAUGCGUAGUCACAAAGAAGUUAAAGCUCUGAAUUUUACCAGUCUU